AUGAGGGAUAUAGCUCAUGGUGCAGAAGAGCUACAGCCCAAUCUGUAUCCGGUAUACCAGACAUGCACGGGCUGUCACAAAAGCCCGGAUGGAAGAAACUCCACCUUCUCAUCAAUGCUUAUUGCGGGGGUUAGUAUCAAAGGAUACUACACAGCUACCACGACCAAUUCACGGCAUGGGCGAACUUCAUACCAGACUUUCCAGAGUCAGGGCCAUGCACCUCUUCCAGUGGGACACCAGUCUUCAGGUGAUGGACUUUGCGGUGAAUCCCCCCAACCAGUUUAUGGAACGACCGGCUGGCCAGCAGCUAUAUGUGGCAACAUGAGCAUCAAGCUCAAAUACCUCUGCCUCAGACGCACCUCGAGGGGCCGUAGCAGGAAUGCGCUUUUGAGAAAAGCCCGAAACAUCUUCAGUAUGGACUACGUUAAUAGGCGGAAUCCGUGGCAACACAAGCUAGGCCAAAGCUUGAGUGCAAAAGGGAUGAAGCCAGCGCACCGUAGGGGGCUGGGUGUUCCACCAAUCAGGGUCAAAGGACUCGACUCUCCGCCCGCGGCAAGUUGUCUCGGAGAAAUUAAUAAUCCGGACGGUUUAAAGGGAUGGUAA